CGUCUCUCGAACAAGUCCAGGUAUCGAUUGGGACGUUAAAUUGUGUUUUUCAAAGAACCCUCAUUGAUUGAGUCAUUUUCUGGCUUCAACUCUUUCAAAAGGAAGCACAGGAAAGUACGAAUGUUUUACCUCGAUUUCCAAAGGACUUGUCUGGAGUUUUGUCUCGGUUCGAGUGCAGCAACCGCUCGUAGACUUCUGAGUCGACGCUGAAAAAACACGUUUUACAGCGCAAGCAGGUUUUUCAGAACUCUCUAUCAGAAUAUGAGGCUUUCAAGACUCACAUCUGGACAGAAAUGACUUGGGCACAUGGAGAUGUAUUUACUCCUUUGAGGUUGCUUUUGUGAUGGGAGCUUUUUUAAAACGCGUCACUCAUUCUUGUAAUUCAAAGUGUUCGUUUCACGUGUUGUUUGUUCCUUUUCUCUCAGCACACGCUGUGGAAAAACAUCAGUAACAUUUCUCACUGAUAAGGAGUCAAAUAAAAGCGGAGAUAUUUGGCUUAUUCCGUUGCCUCUUUGACUUAUUCAUGAUGCCGGGGACUCAACAGCAACACUAAAUGACUGUGAGGGAGGAGAUGCAACAAAAGAGGAGGCUUAAAACUGAGAGGGAGGAACGGCUGGCGUCUAAGGAGAGCGUUGCCUGAGGAGCAGCAGGAGGAGGAAAGCGUUAUUUUGUUGCACGGGUCCUCCGAGGUGAUCGGAUGAAAGAAAAGAAAAGACCUGAGGUUGUCCAAUUGAAGAGCUUCCUCUUGAGGCCCCCUGCUGACUGAUAAGAAGCCCGAAUCACUCACAGCUUCAUGAGCGUGUGCACAUAACCUCCGCUCCCCUGUGUGUGUGUGUGUGUGUGUGUGUGUGUGUGUGUGUGUGUGUGUGUGUGUGUGGCACCAUGCUGUGGACAGUGAUACUAGCGCUGCUGGUGCUUCUGCUGCUGCAGACUCAGCUGUCUGUGUGCUUAAGGGAAUUACGCAGCGGGGCUUCCAGCUCCUCUUCGUCAUCCUCCUCCUCCUCCUCCUCCUCCUCCUCCUCUUACAAUGCCACCCAGCUGCGGCUGCCCGGAGCGAUUAUUAUUGGCGUGCGGAAAGGCGGCACCAGAGCGCUGCUGGAGAUGCUCAACCUGCACCCGGACGUGGAAGUGGCCAAGGCCGAGGUGCACUACUUCAACGUGGAGGAGCACUUCCUCCGAGGCCUGGCCUGGUACCGGGCCCAGAUGCCCCUCACCCUCCCCGGCCAGCUGACGGUGGAGAAGACCCCCGGCUACUUCGCCUCCCCUCAGGUCCCCGCGCGGGUCUGGGACAUGAACCCGGCCGUGCGCCUGCUCCUCAUCGUCCGGGACCCGGCGGAGAGGCUGGUGUCCGACUACACCCAGGUCCUCCACAACCGCCUGACCCGCCACAAGCCCUACCAGCCGCUGGACGAGCUCCUGAUCAAGGAGGGCCACGUGGACCCCGGCUACAAGGCGCUGCAGCGGAGCCUCUACCACCAGCACCUGGCCCGCUGGCUGGAGGUCUUCCCCCGGGAGCAGAUCCACGUGGUGGACGGCGACGCGCUCAUCCGGGAUCCCUUCCCCGAGCUGAGGAAGGCCGAGCGGUUCCUGGACCUCGAGCCCAGGAUAAGCCCGGAGAACUUCUACUACAACACCACCAAGGGCUUCUACUGCCUCCUGUCCGCCGGGCACGACAAGUGCCUGGACGAGUCCAAGGGGCGGCCGCACGCGCCGCUCGCCCGCCGCGCCUUCAGGAAGCUCUGCCGCUACUUCAGAGGGCCCAACAUGCUGUUCUUUGAGAUGGUCGGGAGGUCCUUCUCCUGGUGCUGAGCCGACGACGGCGGAGGGGGAAACAUUCCCCCGAAAACAAGAGAGGACGCUGUGGUUUGUGGAUGAGUUUAGAGGUUGUUUUUGUCAUUAGCGUCUCUCGUUGUUGAUACCGACAUCAGGUACUCGGGUGUAAAUGUGGACACAACCGAAAAGCAGCACAUACAGUUUGUGUGUCUGUGUGUGGGGGGGGGGGACCCGACACAAACCUCUGCUGAUGCCUCCUCGGUGGGAUGGACUCGGGGCUACGAAGGCUCGGGGAGACGCCAGGGGCCUCUGAGUGCCCAUUUGUGUGGCGUUAAGAGAAGAAGAUGUAGAAAAAGUGGUGAAAAGAAUUCGUUUGUUGCACUAAACGCUCUGAUCGCAUAAAAAUAAACACCAAUGGAGGUUUGAUGUGGACGAUUUUCCAAACUGUUUGAUUCCAUCUGAACAUUUGUAACAUGUUUGUGUUUGCUAGCAGAAACAUUUUAGUUGAGCCAUUCUGUUUCUUCAUUCUUUGACUUUUAGUGACUUUAAGAUAUCUUAUUUUUUUACUUCUUUUGAAAGAAGCCACCUUGAAGGCUUGUUUUCUGUUUUCACUUUCAAGGCCAAUGUGGUACGGUGUGUGUUUUUAUCUUUUAUCUUUAUUUUUUAUAAAGACGUCCUUCUAAUAAAUGUGUUCAGUCCAACGA